AUGAAUUCAGUUGCAGAAGGAUUUUCUAUCAACUGGAUCAAAAUGAAGGACUAUGAGACAGGAACUAUCCUGUGGGAGCAGCAAAAUUCUUGGGAUCUGAAUUCACUAGUAGAGGCCCAUGUCCCCAAAUCGAUUUUGCAAUGCCGAGCUGUGUCAAGAGAAAUCAACUUUUCAUCAAAACAGGCAAUUCAGAAGUUCAGGCUGGUUCAAAAGGUAAAGCUUGCUGGUGAAUUAUUGGAAGAAUGGAGUUUUGAAUUUGGGUUUGUCAUUCCUGGAAGUGAAAAUAAUUGGGAGCAAGUUAUUGAUGCAGCUCCUCCAGAAGAGAUGCUACCAGCUGAAGUCUUAUCUGGGAACGUUAUUAUUGAAACUUGCUUUUAUGAUGAGAACGAACUGAUACAUAGAUCGUAUGUUAAGGUUUUUUAUGAUUAA